GCUGUUUGUCCCUGCUGCGCGCACUGUAGGUCAAAGGUCACAGAGAUUCAAGAUGGCGGCCACCUUGGCUAGGGGACUGUCAGGUGUGGUGAGACCCCUGGCGGUUCUGGGACAGUCGUGCUUGACCGGGGCACUCCGAGCUCCGCAGGCUCUUCCUCGCUUCUGUACAUUCAUUCAGCGACAGUAUGGCAGUAUUCAGCGACCAGCUUCUCUAAAUGCAUGUGGUCUCCAACAGCAGACUCUUCUACAACGAGUCUCUCCUCUUGUCCCAUCACUGAUGCAGCAGCCUUGUAGAAACCUGACCUAUUAUAGUGUGAAGAAGGGCAAGAGGAAGACAGUGAAAGCUGUGGUGCAGAGGUUUCUGAGGCUGCACUGUGGCCUGUGGGUGAGGAGAAAGGCUGGAUACAAGAAGAAGCUUUGGAAAAAGUCAGCAGCCAGAAAGAAGCGUUUAAGGGAACACGUGUUCUGCAAUAAGACUCAGUGUAAAAAAUUAGACAAAAUGACGACGUCCUUUUGGAAAAGAAGAAACUGGUACAUUAAUGAUCCUUACCAGAAAUACCAUGAUAGGGUUAACCUGUAGGCCUCCUAAGCACUCUUACUUGUAUUAGAAAUGUAUUGUUCUGUAAAGAAAACGUUUCUGUGUAAAGUGUGUACGUCCAACUAUUAAGCUCAACAUCCAGAACCACAAUGGGGAUUGAAGAAUCUGCAAAUUUAACAUUACUAAAAAAAUUCAUGCAUGUUGAAAACCAGUGUUUAUAGAUUUGUUCUGGUCGCUGUAAAGAGCUGUGAUUAUUGGAAUACACCUGUAUCAGACUUUGCCAGAAAAUAAAAGAAACUCAAAGAGUCA